AUGCCACCCAUGGAUACACGCAACAUCAGAGGAGUUCCAUCAGUUCUAGCAGUAAGACAUCAGUUCUUGAACGGAGCAGGAUUUUUCGCAGCACUCGUCGACGGGGCCUCUUUUGCCGCGAGCACCAGCAAGAACCCUGGCUCCAUGGUGGGGCCACCAACCAGCGUCCCUCUUGGAUUCAGAACUCCAACAGAGGGCAGCUAUUGCCCUUGACAAGGUCCUUCCACAGUAGUAUUUAUUACCUUCUUGAGCGUAGUAACAGGUGAAACAAGCAAACAGCAGAACACAAAAUAGAGAGAACUUCAUGGUGGAUAGAUGUUCGUGUAUCAAACGA